AUGGCCACGCGGGGUAGCACGAGCAGCUAUGACGAGGCAGCGAGCUUCUUGCCCAAGUCACGGUCGACGCUCGUGGAGGAGCUCACGGCCAAGUACAUGGGCGAGGCCGCCAUGCGCCCACGAGAGACUUUGCCGCCAACGACCUCUGGGACAUCGCUGAGCUUUCACGAGUCGUCUUUGCAUUAUGCACCGAGCUACGAGCCACCGUCGCCCUUGACGACAUCGUCCGCAAGUGAACCGAACCCAUCGUACAUCGCAACGAUCCAGCCGUCAAGUGCGUCCGAGGUUGCAGCGGCUGACCACGUGGUGCAUCGGCUCGUGCAAGACGCGUACCGGGCCAUUGACGAGAUGAAGCAAGCCCAUCAAGUGCUCUUCAACAACGACACGAUGCCGCAGCGGUACGACAGCAUUCUCGCCGAAGCGGCAGCUACGAGCGUCGAGAAAGCGACACGGGCGCUGACUCGAGCCCGCGACCACUUUCGUGACUUUUGCUCCGUUGCUACACAAUUUGCGCGAGACGACCCGAUUACGUCAUCGUCUUCCACCCACGAGCCGACGUGUACCACCGAGACGAGGUCGCAAGCCGAUCGCUACGUCCCGUCGGAGCUUCGAGAGUCGCCUUCGAGAACCGCGUCAACCGAGAGCUGGUCGACGCCCCGCCACGAGAGUAUGUCGUUUGACGCAAGAGACACGUCUGCGCAGACAGAGUACAAGCCAUCCGUUGCUUUUGCCCAGCAGCGUGCACCUGCAGCGAGUCCCACCCAGCCGGCCACAACGACCGAAGGACGCAACUCGAUGUUUGCAGAUUUCGACCGGAAAAUGCAGGAAAUUCGCAUGUCUCUCAGCGCGAUUGCGUCGCGCGAGCCGUACACGGGCGGCAACACGCGCGAUGCAGCGCCGCCCGUCGAGACGCCGCAGCCCAACUACCGCGGGUCGUUUGAAGAAUACUUGAAAGAGUUCAAGCGCGACCUGCACCAGGAACGAGGCUAUGGCCAAGGAAGCCCCAGCAUGGACAAGUACAAAGCGAGCUCGGAUCGACCGUAA